CCAACGUCAUCUGCCCGCGCCGAGUACUUCGGUCAAGUGCAAAGUUUGAAAGUGAUCAGACCGCAUAAUGGCUCUGUCAGGAGUGCGCGUGAUUGAGCUGGCAGGACUGGCACCAGCGCCCUUUUGCGGGAUGAUACUGGCGGACUUUGGCGCACGAGUAAUCCGUGUUGAUCGGACAAAGAUGUCAAUGACUGUAGACACACAAGCAAGAGGUAAACAGUCUGUGGCAUUGAACCUGAAGAGUCCCAAAGGUGUCGCUGUUUUAAAACAACUUUGUGUCCAGUCAGAUGUGGUUCUGGAGCCCUAUCGUAAAGGUGUUAUGGAGAAGAUGGGUUUAGGUCCUGAAAACCUAAUAAAAGAAAACCCACGUCUGAUCUACGCUCGACUCACCGGCUACGGUCAGAGCGGAUCUUAUGCCAAGGCUGCCGGGCAUGAUAUUAAUUAUCUGGCCAUGUCAGGACUGUUAUCUAUGCUUGGUCGUAGCUCGAAGAAACCUCACGCGCCACUAAAUUUGAUGGCAGACUUUGCUGGAGGAGGUCUCAUGUGUGCGUUUGGGAUUGUGUUGGCUCUACUGGAGAGAAGCAGGUCUGGACAGGGUCAGAUCAUUGAUGCUAGCAUGGUGGAAGGUGCAGCUUAUGUCGGCUCCUUCAUGUGGAAGUCCCGUAGCCUCGGCCUGUGGAACCAUCCGCGUGGAGAGAACUUGCUGGAUGGUGGAGCUCCGUUCUACGAUACGUAUCGUACUUCUGAUGAAAAAUAUGUGGCAGUGGGAGCAAUAGAGCCGCAGUUCUACCAACAGCUUCUUCAAGGUCUGGAUUUGGAUCCGGCUGACUUGCCUGCACAAAUGAGCGUAUCUGAUUGGCCGAAACUCCGGCAGACGUUCACCCGUGUCUUUGCCACCAAGACGCAGGCGGAGUGGGGGCGAAUUUUUGACGGGACGGAUGCCUGUGUCACCCCAGUGCUUUCACCAGACGAGGUGGUAUCGCACCCUCACAACAAGGCGAGGGGAUCAUUCUUGAAGGACGCUCAGGGGGAAAUUAGUCCCAGACCCGCUCCUGUUCUAUCCCGGUCGCCUGCCGGGCCCUCGCUUACUCGUGAUCCCUUCAUCGGAGAGCACACUCGCCCUGUACUCCAGCAGUAUGGGUUUGAGAAGGAUCAGAUUGAACAGUUGCAGUCUGAUGGUAUCAUUGAGUGUAAUGAAGCUAAAGCACGACUGUAAGUUGAACCUGGCAGGUUAUGUAUUAAGAUUUGCAACCAGUAUCUGACACAGAAGGGCAUUUAAGAGAAAAAUGACGACUUGUGAACCACUGGUGCCUAAUUUGAGAUGAACUGAAUCUGAUAAAGUCUAUCACUGAUUGAAAGUCAAGUGGAAUUUAACUAAAGCUUGUUAAAAAUAUUGUGUAAUAGUUUAAAUAUCACUCUUCACAUGUCAGCAGACCCAUCACCAGAGUUUUAUGUAUAACUGAAAAGCUUUUAUCAGGAAAUUCCUUAUUAAUUCCUACCAAAAUGUAAGAGCAUUUGAUUUAAUUUGAUCAAAGAGCAUAUAGCUUUAUUUAGGUUGUGAAUGAAAAAUCCUAAUUAAUAAGCGCUGUUAGCAAGAAAUGUUGACUGUGAGUCACAGACUAAUUGGUGUGGGUGAAAUGGUGGGAGGGGAAAUUAAUGGGUGCAUUAUUUGCUUUUCAAUCAUCCUUUUCAAAACGUUGGGCAGCACUGGUGAUGUAAGAUAUUGGUGCGAGAAGAACCAAUUUAUUGGUCGGAGUUAGACAUUUCUUUAUUUGUUAUUAUUGAAUAUAUUAUUGAUUAUACAACCUAAUUUAAACCACAGAAAGCUGUCAAAUGGUUUGAAUGUAUUUUUUGGAACAUUGCCCAUACACUGUCAGAACAAAAUGGUCAAGAUGUCACUGGUGCAGAGUGCCUUUAAAGGAACACUUUUUGGGACUUUAGCUUGUUCACCGUAUCCCCCAGACUUCGAUAAGUCCAUACAUACCAUUUUCAUAUCCGUGCAUCCCGUAACUCUGUCUGACGCACCCACCGAUAGCCUAGCUUAGCACAAAGACUGGAAGUAAAUGGCAUUUUCCUAUUUAUAUGUUUUGAUUUGUAGAGUCAUAGUGUGCAAAUAACAAGGUCAUAUGAGACACAGCCAUCUUUUAACUGUAUACAAACUGGGAACUAUAUUCUCAGAAGGUGAAGCAAUGUUGGUGUUAUUUUGUCACUUAUUGGGAGCAGUAUGCUAGCUGGAGCCAUUUACUUCCAGUCUCUGUGCUAAGGUAGGCUAGGGGGUGCUUCAGACAGAGCUACGGGACUUACGAAGAUGAAAAUGGUAUGUAUGGACAUAUCUAACUCUGGGGGAUAUGUUGAAUAAGCUAAAGUCCCAAAACGUCGGCAUGUUCUUUUAAAAAGGUCCUAAUAUGUACCAUUUAGGGACAGAUAUGUAUACAUUUAGUACCAGUAUGGUGCUUACAUGCACUCUUUGGUACCAAUAUGUUCUUCUGAGGUACUAAUAUAAACUAUUAAGGUGCAAAGGUGUAAGUUUUGAAAGGUUAUCGCCCCAGUGAAAAUUAUAUUGAUUUUUUCCUGACAGUGUAUAUAGACAGUCUUUAUGAUACAGCUUUGACUGCUUCUAGUGCAUACUUUAUUGUAAGUAUCUGAAAUCUUGAAGAUAAAUAUUGUAUUUUCUUAUAUUUGAAGAUUGUUUUUAAAAUGACUGAAUUAGUGAUAUAUGUAAUUAAAACUUUGAGAAUCUA